ACCGGCUGCGAAGCGGUGACGCUGCUUCAGACCUCCGGCUCCUGAUUGGUGAGGGGCCCCUGCUGGAGCUCAGCACCGCCUAGAGGAGCGACCCACCGCCUGAAUCUCCGCCGCUUAUUGGCGGAAAAUCCCUUCAAACUUUCCGCCUAAACGCAGAGCGGGCCGCCCUCUGCUGCUCUGCAGGAAGCCUCUUUCCUGGUUGGUCUGGAAGAAACCGUCCCGCGCGCUGCGCGGACAUAUAAAGGAGGGUUUUGGCUGCCGGGGCCACAUUUUCUUUGAGUCUUUACUCUAGAAAGAUCACACGAUGUCUGGAAGAGGUAAAACCGGAGGCAAAGCCAGAGCAAAGGCAAAGACUCGCUCCUCCCGCGCCGGGCUGCAGUUCCCCGUCGGCCGUGUCCACAGGCUGCUGCGGAAAGGAAACUACGCGGAGCGCGUCGGUGCCGGAGCCCCCGUGUACCUGGCGGCGGUGCUGGAGUACCUGACCGCUGAGAUCCUGGAGCUGGCCGGAAACGCCGCCCGCGACAACAAGAAGACCAGGAUCAUCCCCCGUCACCUGCAGCUGGCCGUCCGCAACGACGAGGAGCUCAACAAGCUGCUGGGCGGAGUCACCAUCGCUCAGGGCGGCGUGCUGCCCAACAUCCAGGCGGUCCUGCUGCCCAAGAAGACCGAGAAGCCCGCCAAGAAGUAAACAACAACAACCACAAACGACACAACGGCUCUUUUAAGAGCCACACAUCUCAAACUGAAGACACACUUCCUGCUGUAAUUUAUAUUUUAUGAUUAAAGAAAACUUCUCCAUUACGCACCACUCAAAGUUUAUAUCAUCAUAAUUCAUAUUUUUUUUUUAUACUAUAGCAGCUGGUAAACAUCUGUAUCAUUAAAUGUGUUGUUGUGCUGUUACUGAAGGAAAGUUGGCAUCAAUUGAUCAGUAACUUCAUGCUGAAACUGAGCAGUCAGGACUCUGGUAACAUGAACCUUAGGCUAUAUGAUUAUAUGUUUCUGUUCUUGAUGAAUUCAUUCUACUAUUAGUCUUUAUUGACACCAGAGACAUAUUCACAAGCUACCCAGCAGAAUAUAAAAUCAUUCAUAUUAGCUUCAUCUACAUCAUAAUAAAAUGGACCAUUUUACAUAAUGAAUACUUUUAUUCUUUGUUCUCGCCUCUGAACUGGAUUUUUGUAUCAUGUAUCUGUUGUGUUUUUGACAUGCUCAGUUUUAUAGUUUGUGUAACCUUGUAAUGGUGUUCUUUCUUAGUAACUUCUCCCUCAAAAAAAAAGAGACUUAAAUCUCAGUGGACUUCAAAUAAUAGAAUAGAACUAAAGAAUAAUCUUAAGUACUGUAUACCAUGUAGGCUGUUGUGUUUAUUUCAUGUCAAAUAUUUGACAAGAUACAAGUAAAUAAAACAUGUUGAUC